CAAAGAGAAUAGAGAGAAGAGAAGUGAGAGAGAAGCAAGUCAUGCACGUGGAAACAACAACCGGAAAGGAAGAGGUGGCAAUCGAGGCAGAGAGUUUAGAGGUGAAGAAAAUGGAAUUGAUAGCCAUCAAGGGGACAAACCUUCAGACCGUGGCAAGCGAGUCCGCGGUAGAGGAUUUGGACGUGGCAGAGGGAGAGGGGCAGGAAGGUUCUCAACCCAAGGCAUGGGUACAUUUAAUCCUGCGGACUAUUCAGAUUUGACAUCUACAAACGGGUGUGGGACAAAACUAGUGGUUUCAGAAGCUGUGCAGAAUGGUGCCGCUGAGGGAACUGCUGGGGCCUGGAAGAAUUCUGUAGAAGAAUGGACAACAGAAGACUGGACUGAAGAUCUUUCUGAAACAAAGGUCUUCACUGCCUCAUCUGUUCCUGCAGAGAAUCACAUCACACCUGGGCAAAGCAUUGAUGUGAUAGCCUUGCUCCAGAAGCCUGUUCCUCCCCGUCAAGCCUCAGGCAUCAACUCCUUUGAAACUUCCCAACAGCAGGGCUUUGGCCAAGCCCUUGUCUUCACAAAUUCACAACACAAUAAUCAGAUAACACCAGGGACCGGAAGCUCCACUGCUGUCAACUCCUAUGCUCCUCAGAGCCUGUCAUCUGUACUUGGAUCAGGAUUCGGAGAGCUCACGUCAUCAAAAAUGGCGAACAUCACCAGUUCCCAGAUUUUGGACCAGUUGAAAGCCCCAAGUUUGAGCCAAUUUACUACUACUCCAAGUUCACAGCAGAAUAGUACGAGUCCCCCUAUAACUACUGCUUCUUGGGAUCUCAAGCCCUCAGCAUCCCAGUCCUCAGUGCUCAGUCAUUUUGACUUCAAAUCUCAGCCUGAGCCGUCCCCCGUUCUUAGCCAGUUGAGCCAGAGACAGCAGCACCAGAUCCAGGCAGUCACUGUACCUCCUCCUGGUUUGGAGUCCUUUCCUUCCCAGGCAAAACUCCGAGAAUCAGCGCCUGGAGACAGUACCGCCACUGUGAACAAACUUCUGCAGCUUCCCAGCGUGACCGUUGAAAAUAUCACUGUGUCUGCCCACCCACCACAGCCGAAGCACAUCAAACUUUCUAAGCGGCGGAUACCUCCAGCGUCUAAGAUCCCAGUUUCUGCAGUGGAAAUGCCUGGUUCAGCAGAUGUCACAGGAUUAAAUGUUCAGUUUGGAGCUCUGGAAUUUGGAUCAGAACCCUCUCUCUCUGAAUUUGGAUCCACUCCAACCAGUGAAAAUAGUAAUCAGAUUCCCAUCAGCUUGUAUUCUAAGGCUUUAAGUCUGACCGGCGCAUCCCUCAACUCCACUAAUCCGGUAACGACGUCUUCCUCCUAUGACCAGAGUUCUGUGCACGACAGGAUCGCAUACCAAAGCCCUGUGAAUCCAUCGGAGUCAGCUCCAGGAACCAUCAUGAAUGGACAUGGUGGUGGUCGAAGUCAACAGACACUAGACACUACUUCAUCCGUUCCAGCUCCAAAGACAGCAGACCCUCCCUCCACCCUCUCAUCUGUGGGCUCCCUGCCCAGCACCACUUCUUGCACUGCGCUUCUACCCUCUGCAUCCCAGCACACUGGGGCCCUGUCCAGCAGCCCCCUCUCCCAGCUUAGCAGUACCCUCUCCAGUCAUCAGAGCAGCCUCUCCUCUGAGCAUGGAGCACUCUCCUCGAGCACAUCACACACACACGCCAGUGUGGAGAGCACUCCUUCCCUCCAGUCCUCAGCCAACUUCUCAACGGCAGCAACCUCCGCCUCCAGUUCUGCAUCCUCGGGUGCCAGCCUGCCCAGUAACAUGAACACAGUGAACAGCCUUCGCCUGGGUGGGACCACUGCGAGUGCACCCAGUAGCAGUACCAGGGCUGCACCCUUGGUGACUUCAGGCAAAGCACCCCCAAACUUGCCGCAGGGAAUACCUCCCCUGCUGCACAACCAGUACCUCGUGGGCCCCGGAGGACUGCUUCCUGCCUACCCGAUCUAUGGCUAUGAUGAACUCCAGAUGCUGCAGUCACGGCUGCCAGUGGAUUACUAUGGAAUUCCCUUUGCUGCACCCACAGCCCUUGCCAGCCGAGAUGGGAGCCUAGCUAAUAAUCCAUAUUCAGGUGAUGUUACAAAAUUUGGCCGUGGUGACUCUGCAUCCCCUGCGCCCCCUACUACACUAGCUCAGCCACAGCAGAGCCAAUCCCAGACCCACCACACAGCCCAGCAGCCCUUUCUGAAUCCUGCGCUGCCACCUGGCUACAGCUACGCUGGCCUUCCCUACUAUACAGGCAUGCCCAGUGGCUUCCAAUACGGGCCUACCGUGUUUGUCCCUCCAGCCUCAGCCAAGCAGCACGGUGUGAACCUCAGCACCCCUACCACCCCCUUCCAGCAGGCCGGUGGUUAUGGCCAGCACAGCUACGGCACAGGUUAUGAUGACCUGACCCAGGGGACAGCAGUGGGAGACUACACCAAAGGUGGCUAUGGUGGAUCAUCACAGACACCAACCAAGUCUGCAGGUUCUGGGCCUGGCAAAGGAGCAUCAGUGUCUUCAAGCACCACUGGCCUACCUGAUAUGACUGGUUCCGUCUACAAGAAUCAGAGUUUUGACAAGCAGGGAUUUCAUGCAGGGACCCCUCCACCUUUCAGCCUGCCCUCAGCCUUGGGCUCCACUGGGCCACUGGCCCCUGGAGCAGCCCCUGGCUAUGCACCCCCACCCUUCCUGCACAUCUUGCCAGCUCACCAGCAGCCCCACUCACAGCUACUGCACCAUCACCUUCCGCAGGAUGCCCAGAGCGGCUCAGGUCAGCGAAGCCAGCCUGGCUCCCUGCAGCCCAAGUCUCAAGCCUCCAAACCCUCCUACGGCACCUCUCCAUACUGGACAAACUAAACCCUGAAGAGAGUGGGACAGGGCUUACCCUUGGCAGGAGAGAACACACGGAGCACAUUUCUGAGAGCCCAGUGCCCUUUCCCAUCAGCCAAGCCUCUGUGGGGGGCCUGCCUCCCAGACUGGCUGUUGUAUGUAAUGUAUUUAUGUAUGUAUUUGUAAAUGUGACGAGCGUGGGGGAGUUGGGGGUGCAGCUGCACGUUAGCCAUGUCUGCUCUCCCCAUUCAAGCCCCUUUUCCUCUUUGUAGCAGAAUAAGCCCCCUAUACCGUUCUGCCUUCAGACCUUCAUUUAAGCCCCCUGCCUGCCCAAUGGGCUACUAGGAACAGUUUCUGGAAGGGUUGGUUCAAGGCAGUUUGGGUAUUGGGGUCAGUCAGGUACCAAUGAAGAAUCACGACUUAUCUCACUCCUUUGUAAACCAUUAUCUGAGUGUUCUGUCCUUGUGUAGUUACGUUACACCUCUGUUUUAAAGAAACUGGUCCUUUUGUCAUUUUUCAUGGUCCCCCUUUGUCAUAUCUUGAUCUGGGAAUAGCAGAGAUAUCCCUCCACCCAAAAUAAAUCUGGGUACCUGUUUGUCUUCAUACAGAGAAUGGGCUUCUGCUUCUGGUAUUGUCCCCAGAGACUUGCCUUCCUCUGGCUGACCUUGAAAAAUUCACCUGAACUGGGGCUCAGAUGUUCAGCUCCCUUUAAAAAUCUCCAAGCAAAGGCUCCUCUAUUCUAGUUGUCCUGCACGAGGCAGGCAACAGUUUCAGGGUUUUUCUCUUGCCCAAACUCCACCUAAUAAAGUUGUG